AUGAGCGAAUGCGGGAUCGAUACGGGGACACGAGGCGUCACAACCCUCCAUAUUGGCCUCGAGCUCACGUCCCCCCCGUGCCUCCCUAGCACUCCGUCCGUGUCGGGAUCCGAAAUGCAACUGAAGCAUCUGAAGUCUCUCCUCCCCCACCAGGACGGAGCAGCGAAGGUGAGCGCCGUCGCCUGGGCCCCCAACAACCUCAAACUGGCCGUUUGCACCUGGGAUCGGAUCGUCGUCCUCUUUGACGAAACCGGCGAGAAGAAGGACAAAUUCUCUACCAAACCGGCCGACCCAAAGUAUUCUAAGAAAAGCUACAUGGUCCGAGGAUUGGCGUUCUCCCCGGACUCCUCAAAACUCGCGGUAGGUCAAACGGAUAACAUCAUCUACGUCUACCGCAUCGGAGAAGGAUGGAACGAAAAGAAGGUGAUCUGUAACAAGUUCCUUCAGUCGAGUGCCGUCACGUGUUUAGCGUGGCCUCUGGAAGGCCCGAUCGUAUAUGGCUUGGCCGAUGGCAAAGUGCGGGAAGCGAACGUGAAAACGGGCAAAAGCAAAACUCUCUACGGCAGUGAUUCCUACGUCUGCUCCCUGACUACCAGCCCUAAUGGAAAGGGGAUUCUGUCGGGCCAUGCAGACGGAAGCGUGGUGAGAUAUUACGUGGCCGAAGACGAAAACCCUUAUCCCCAAGGCAAAGUGGUGAGCGUCCCCGUCCCCCCAUACGGACUGGCUUGGACCUCGAACCACGUGCUGAUCGCCGGCUGCGACAAGCGAGUGCUCUUUUACACUCCCGAAGGGAAACUGUCACAGACGUUCGAUUACACCAAGGACGACUCGGAGAAGGAAUUCACGACGGCCGUGGCGAGUCCGAGCGGGCAGACCGUGGUUAUCGGGAGCUAUGAUAGAUUGAGGGUGUAUGCCUACAGCCCAGGCAAGGGCACGUGGGAGGAGGCGAAGAGCAAGGAAAUACCUAAUUUGUACACGAUCACGAGCCUGGCUUGGAAACGAGAUGGGUCACGAAUCGCGUGUGGAACACUCUGUGGAGGAGUGGAAAUGUUCAACACUGUUCUCAAACGGUCGGUGUGGAAAAACAAAUGGGAGAUGACGUACGUGGGCCCGAGCCAAGUCCUGAUCAAGCCGCUCCAGGGCGGCGGGCGCGGCGUCAGCCUCAAGUCCAAGUACGGCUACGAGAUCCAAGACGUGAAGAUCAUGGGUCGGGAGCAGUUCCUCAUGGCACGCACGCCGGACACUCUUCUCCUGGGGGAUUUGGGCAAGAACUUGCUCAGCGAGGUCGUGUGGACCAACACGGGGGGGAACGAGAAGUUCUACUUCGACAACGACAAUGUGGCUAUGAUCUUUAAUGCUGGGGAAUUGUCGCUCGUCGAGUAUGGGACCAACGAGAUUCUCGUCACCGUUCGGACGGAAUUCAUGAAUCCUCACCUUAUCAGCGUCCGGAUCAACGAAAGAAAACACCGAGGCGUGGAGGAGAACAAGAAGAUGGCCUAUCUCCUCGACCUGAAAACCAUUCGAAUCCUGGACCUCACAGACGGCAUGACCCUCGGCGAGGUGACCCACGACGCCAAGAUCGACUGGCUGGAACUGAACGAGACGGGGCGGAAACUCCUCUUCCGGGACCGGCGGCUGCACCUCAAUCUGCUGGACCUGGACACGCAGCAGAAGUUCCCAAUCCUCAACUACUGCGGAUUCGUGUCUUGGGUGCCGGGGAGCGACGUGGUCGUGGCGCAGAACAGAGGGAAUUUGUGCAUCUGGUACAACAUCGACACGCCGGAGCGAAUGUCCAUGAUCCCAGUCAAGGGUGAGGUCGUCGAAAUCGAACGAAACGACGGCAAGACCGAGGUGGUAGUGGCGGAAGGAAACCACCAGACGUCGUAUCAACUGGACGAGGGACUCAUCGAAUUCGGGACUGCCAUCGACGACGGCGACCUGAGUCGAGCCGUCGCGUUCUUGGAGACGCUGGAGAUGACCCCCGAGGCCGAGGCCAUGUGGAGGACCCUGGCCAAGAUAUCCCUGGAGACGCGGCAGCUGGACUACGCCGAGAGGUGCUACUCCGCCCUGGGAGACGUGGCGAAGGCCAGGUACUUGCGGGAAAUGAACGAGAUCGCCGAGAGAGCCUCGCAGACGAUGGGUGGGGAGGGCACGGACUAUUAUGAGGUUCGCGCUCGGAUGGCCAUCUUGGAGAACCAAUUCCCCAUCGCUGAGGCCAUAUACCUGGAGCAAAACCAACUGGACCACGCCAUUCAGAUGUAUCAGCAGCUGCACCGAUGGGAGGAUGCUCUGAAACUGGCCGAGACGCGGGGCCAUCCGGACCUCGAACACCUGCGGUCCUCGUACAUCAAAUGGCUGCUGGAAUCGGGACAAGAGGAGAAGGCUGGGGCACUGUUGGAAACCGAGGGGGACUACAUGGGCGCCAUCAACAUGUACUUGAAGGGGGGACUGCCGACCAGGGCUGCCAGACUCGCCUCCUCCGUGCCGGAGCUGAAGUCCGACCUCGAACUCAUUCAGAAGAUCGCCAAUGGGCUGCUCAAGGGUGAAUUCCACGACAAGGCCGGAGAUUUGUACCGAGAGGUCAACGACGAACGAAAGGCGAUGGAAUGCUACCGAAAAGGCGGGGCUUACGCCAAAGCGGUGGAACUGGCCCGUGACUCCUUCCCGGCCGAGGUCGUCAGCCUGGAGGAGGAAUGGGGUGAUCACCUCAUGGUCGAAAAGCAGAUGGACGCCGCCAUCAACCAUUAUAUCGAGGCAGGGCAGACGAUGAAGGCGUUGGACGCAUCGGUCGCCGCCAGGCAGUGGAAGCGGGCCGCGCAGAUCAUCCAGGUCGUCGACGAUCCCGCGUCCCUCGGCAAGUACUGCCAAAAGCUGGCCCAGCAUUAUGCCUCGGUCGGGGACUACCAGACGGCCGAGAAGUUCUACGUCGACGCGGGGAUGUACAAGGACGCCAUCGAGAUGUACAACCAGACCGGACAGUGGGAACGGGCCCACCAACUGGCUUCCCAACACCUCAAACGAGAAGAAGUGGCGGAGAUGUACAUCCGACAAGCGCAGGUCCUGGAGGAACAGGGGAAAUUCCGCGAUGCCGAGCGCCUUUACAUCGCCGUCUCCGAGCCGGACCUCGCCAUCACGAUGUACAAGAACCACAGGAUGUACGACCAGAUGAUGAAGCUGGUCACACAGUACCACCCCGACCUGGUCUCGUCCACCCACAUGCACCUUGCCAAAGAAAUGGAAGCAGAAGGAAGCUACCAGCAGGCCGAGCAAUACUACGUAAAGGCCGAGGACUGGAAGUCUGCUGUGAGCAUGUACCGCGGGGCGGAGAUGUGGGAAGAUGCCUACAGGGUUGCCAAAAAUCACGGAGGACCUCAGGCUGGAAAGCAAGUGGCUUUCAUCUGGGCCAAAUCUCUGGGCGGAGACUCGGCCGUAAAGCUGCUGAACAAGUUCAACCUCCUGGAACAAUGCAUCGACUAUGCCUGCGAGAAUUACAUGUUCGACUUCGCCUUCGACCUCGCCAAGACAGCCAUGAAGCAGAAGACCCCAGACAUCCACUACAAAUACGCCAUGGCCUUGGAAGACGACGGAAAGUUCCGCGAAGCGGAGGAGGAGUUCAUCAAAGCCGGAAAAGCGAAGGAAGCCGUCCUCAUGUACGUCCACAACCAAGACUGGGAAGCGGCUCAGAGAGUGGCGGAAUCCCACGAUCCGGACUCGGUGAACGACGUCCUCACGGGCCAGGCCAAGGUCAUGUUCCAGGCAAGGGAUUUCCCGCGGUUCGAGUCCCUCUUGCUCAGGGCACAAAGACCCGAGAUCGCCAUCAAGCUCUACAAGGAAGCCGGGAUGUGGAACGAAGCCCUCAGGCUCUGCAAAGAAUAUCUGCCCCAUAAAUUGCAGACCCUACAAGACGAAUACGAUCGCAGCGUGAUGACCCGAGACGGCCAAGACCCGAAGACUCUCCUGGCACAGGCCUCGGAAUGGGAGCAAGCCGGCGAAUACAACCGAGCCAUCGACUGCUACCUGCGAGUUUCCCCAGAGAUGUCUCAAGAUCCCAAAGUGGCAGAGAAAGCCUGGUCCAAGGCCGGCGACAUCGCACUCAAGUUCCUGGAGGAAGAAAAGGGCCUGGAAUUGGCCAAGAGCGUGGCAAACCGCCUGCACCAGAACGGCUACUUCAACGCGGCGGCCCAGCUCUACCUGGCCGUUGACAUGAUCCGCGAGGCGAUCGAAUCUCUCAUUUCGGGAGAGGAGUGGAGCAAGGCGAAGAAGGUGGCCCAGGAGCUGGACCCGAGAUUCGAGACCUACGUCGACUCCAAAUACAAAGAGUUCCUGAAGACCGCGGGGAAGACGGAUCAGCUGGCCAGCGUGGACCUCAUCGGGGCUCUGGACAUGUACGCCCAGCAAGGGAACUGGCAGAAAUGCAUCGACACGGCCAAGCAGCACGGACCCCAGGUCCUUCACAAGUACCUGGCCUUGUAUGCGACCCAGCUGAUCAAGGACAGGCAGCCGGUAGAAGCGAUGAACCUCUACGUGAAGCACGGGGCUCCAGCAAACGAACAGAACCUGAACAUCUACAAGAAGAUCGCCACAGACAUCUUCGGCCUCAGGAAUCUUCGGACGUCCCAGGCCUACGACACGUGGGCGCAUCUGAGGGGAAUGCUGCUCAACAUCUGGAAGGCCCUCCCGACGCCGGGGGGGAUGAAGGAGGAAUUCGAGAAGCUUCUCCUCGUCGCCCAUUACUAUUCGAAUCGGUCGGCGUUUUUGAGCAAGAAGAGCAUGGAGACGAUGGCGGCGAAGCUGUCCAUCUCGUUGCUUCGACACAGCGAUGUCGUGCCGGCGGAUAAGGCAUUCUACGAGGCCGGGACGGACGCCAAGAAGGUCGGCUGGGACAGCAUGGCUUUCGUGUUUCUCAAUCGGUAUCUGGAUCUAUAUGAUGCCAUCGAGGAAGGCUCCACGGAUCUCUUGGAUCAUUCGGAUUUUGUGGACACGGAUAUCCCGUUCGAGGUGCCUUUGCCCGAGGCGCCUCAUUUGACCGAGGCGGAGCAUGAAGAGAUCAAGGAAUGGGUCCUGGCAAUCAGCAUGGAUCAAAAGAUCGGACAGUCGCUCCCCUUGGACGAAAGGAUGACAUACGAGGCAUCCCUGGUGUCGAAGAACAACCCCCCAGCCCAGCCCUGCCUGGUGACCGGCUAUCCCGUCCUUCGAACCCGAGUGGAAUUCCAGCAGGGCAGCCGCGUUGCCAACAAGGAGGACUGGAACAAACUCCUCAUGGAGGCCAAGAUGACGCAGAGCAACGACUGCCAGGAUGUCAUCAAUUUCAUCACGCAGUGGGCCGGUGGGACCUCCAACCCCGGCUAUUCCUUUCAGUGAAUCUUCACCUCAAAGGGAGAGCGAGCAACAUCCAGAUUCCUAGUAUUUAUGAAUGUAUUUUUUUUCCCACCGAA